CACACACACACACACACACACACACACUUCAUUUACUUCUUCUUCUGCUGCUGAUUUGAUCCUCAGAGUUUAAACAUGAGUCGCUCUUACAAUGAUGAACUGCAGUUUCUGGAUAAAAUCGACAAAACCUGCUGGAGGAUCAAGAAGGGAUUCGUCCCAAACAUGAAGGUGGAGGGUGUCUUCUACGUGAAUGAAGCGCUGGAGAAGCUGAUGUUUGAGGAGCUGAGAAACGCAUGUCGUGGAGGAGGUUUUGGUGGGUUUCUGCCCGCUAUGAAGCAGAUCGGCAACGUGGCGGCUCUGCCCGGAAUCGUACACAGAUCGAUAGGUCUGCCUGACGUUCACUCCGGAUACGGUUUUGCGAUCGGAAACAUGGCUGCGUUCGACAUGAGCGACCCUACAGCAGUCGUCUCUCCAGGUGGUGUGGGAUUUGACAUUAAUUGUGGCGUACGUCUGCUGAGAACCAACCUGGAUGAAGGAGACGUGCAGCCGGUGAAGGAACAGCUGGCGCAGGCUCUCUUUGAUCACAUCCCUGUAGGAGUCGGAUCUAAGGGAGUCAUUCCCAUGAACGCCAAAGACUUGGAGGAGGCCCUGGAGAUGGGGAUGGACUGGUCUCUGAGAGAAGGUUAUGCCUGGGCUGAGGAUAAAGAGCACUGUGAGGAAUACGGCCGGAUGCUGCAGGCAGACCCUAACAAGGUCUCCUCCAAGGCCAAGAAGAGAGGUCUGCCACAGCUCGGGACUCUGGGAGCAGGGAAUCACUACGCCGAGAUCCAGGUUGUGGAUGAGAUCUAUAACGACUAUGCAGCUAAAAAGAUGGGCAUCGACCACAAGGGCCAGGUGUGUGUGAUGAUCCACAGCGGGAGUCGUGGGCUCGGACACCAGGUGGCCACAGAUGCUUUGGUGGCCAUGGAGAAGGCCAUGAAACGUGACAACAUCAUAGUGAACGACAGACAGCUCGCUUGUGCUCACAUCGGGUCUCCUGAAGGUCAGGAUUACCUUAAAGGCAUGGCAGCUGCAGGCAACUACGCCUGGGUCAACCGUUCCUCCAUGACCUUCCUCACACGCCAGGCUUUCUCCAAAGUGUUCAGCACCACACCAGAUGAUCUGGACAUGCACGUGAUCUACGAUGUGUCCCACAACAUUGCUAAAGUGGAGGAGCACAUGGUGGAGGGCAAACAGAAAACCCUGCUGGUGCAUCGGAAAGGUUCCACACGGGCUUUUCCCCCUCAUCACCCCCUCAUCGCCGUCGACUACCAGCUGACUGGGCAGCCUGUUCUGAUUGGUGGCACCAUGGGCACCUGCAGCUACGUGUUAACUGGCACUGAGAAGGGCAUGACUGAGACGUUUGGAACCACCUGCCAUGGAGCAGGUCGAGCGCUGUCCCGAGCUAAAUCCCGCAGGAAUCUGGACUUCCAGGACGUUUUGGAUAAACUGGCCGACAUGGGCAUCGCCAUCAGAGUGGCUUCACCAAAACUGGUGAUGGAGGAGGCUCCAGAAUCGUACAAAAACGUCACGGAUGUGGUGGACACGUGCCACGACGCCGGCAUCAGCAAGAAGGCCAUCAAACUGAGACCCAUCGCUGUGAUCAAGGGUUAAACUGAACAUCUCCACACCACGAGAGGACGGGGGGAGGGAGGGAGGAUCAGGACACGGGACGUGUGACUCGGGAACACGGACAUAGCUGUUGCUCAUGUGUCAGAUUGUAGAUAAUAAAGGAAAGACUCGAGCGCACGUGCGUUUCACACGAGAGAAAAAUAUUCUCCAAAUUUAAAAUGUCGUUUCUUUGUUGGUUUUUGCUUUAAAGUUAAAAUGGGUUUUGUUUGAUAAGUUUUGUGAAAAGCAGAAAUAAACACUGUACAGCAGCA